UCAUUGUUUGCAGGCCAGUCGUUUCUCUGCCUUGUGUCCGACUCUUUUGAGUUCAGUGUUGCUCUAGAGCGCGGCAGGAACACACCGGGAUCACACCACUCUCUAGUUGAGACACGAAAAUAGAAUAUUUUUUUCCCAACAUUUAUUCAAAUACUUCCGCCCAUCAAUUUUUCCCAUUCUAGAAUUUUCAUCAUACAACGUGAACAAAAAUAUAUCAACAAAAAAAACUUCGAGUAAAUGUUUGUAAAGAAAGUUAAGUGCUUGUUCAAUUGGUGAAAAAUUAAAGUGAUACAUUCAAGUGAUUAAUUCAAUUGAAAGGAAUAUUAACUGAAAAAAAAAGAAAAAGAGUGCCAACUAGUGGAUUUGUUUAUGAAGAAAAAAAUAAACACUCACUGGGUGUGAAUGGGAGUCAGGAACUUUACGAAUUGCAAAUGUGAAUUAGUUCGAAUCCAUUGUUUCAGUGCAAAAUAGUUGAGGAACGUUGUUCGCACAGGGAGAAGGAAAACUAACAAUUAGUUUGGAUUGCAAAACGAACCAAUUAAUCCAUUUGUAAUGAAUUGCUACGACAUCAGCGUCGCCGAUGAAAUGGAUGGCAAGGGUAACUUUAAUGGGGGUAGCUUGAAGCAUCUACCAAAGUGGCCACCGGUUAAUAUUGAAUUCCAGGAUCUAACUUAUACAGUCCCAGAGCUUUCAUGCAAUAAAGUUAUUUUACGAGGAAUCAAUGGCAAAUUCAAGUCUAGUCAACUCACUGCAAUUAUGGGGCCAUCAGGAGCUGGCAAGAGUACACUACUUAACAUCUUGGCUGGAUACAAAUGCUCUGAAGCCACGGGGACGAUAAGCAUCAACAAUCGCCAGAGAGAUAUGCGAAUAUUCAGAAAAAUGUCUCGGUACAUUAUGCAAGAGGACAUUUACCAACCUAUGCUAACAGUAAGGGAGGCAAUGCUUAUUUCAGCUGAUCUAAAACUUGGCAAGCAACUAACGAAAGAUGAGAAACUCGAUGUGAUAGAUGAGAUCCUGGAUUUGCUACGAUUGAACAAAGCCAAGGACACAAUGGGCCAUAAACUGUCGGGAGGUGAACGAAAGAGGUUGUCAAUUGCACUUGAGCUUGUAAACAACCCACCCGUUAUCUUUCUGGACGAACCAACAACCGGGUUAGAUGACCUUUCCAGUUCACAGUGUGUCUCCCUGCUACAGAGAAUAGCCCAUGGUGGCCGAACGGUCAUCUGUUCCAUUCAUACGCCCUCAGCAAAGAUGUUUGCAAUGUUUGACCAUGUCUACAUAAUGGCUAAUGGGCAGUGUGUGUACCAAGGAUUAGGGUCUAAUAUUGUGAAUUACAUGCAGAACAUAGGACUCAUCUGUCCGGUCACCUACAACCCAGCAGAUUUCAUUGUGGAAGUGUCGGGUGGUGAGUAUGGGGGAGAAUAUCUCGAAAAGAUGGUUUCAAGUGUGGGCAAUGGACGAUACACCUGGACACCAUCAAUUGGUUUAGCAAAGGACAAUGAGGGGAGUCAGGAGUUGGAGUCAAGUGCUGAAAUUGAAUCCUUUGAUAUUGAAAUUAACCCCAAGGAGCUGAAGGCACGCGCAUCGUCAUGGCAACAAUUUUGCAUUCUAUUCCGGAGAAUGACAAUCCAAAUGUGGCGUGAUAAAAGCUACCUCAUGCUCCGCGUUUACCUGCACAUUUUCCUGGGUUUUGUCAUUGGAGGCCUCUUCUACAAUAUGGGCAAUGAUGCAUCAAAGACACUCUACAACUUUGGCUUUUGCUUUACAAUCAUCAUUGCAUUCAUGUACAUUCCAAUGAUGCCAAUAUUACUUGAAUUUCCACUCCAAGUGCAACUUCUGAAGCGCGAAUACUUCAAUAGGUGGUAUCGCCUCAACGUCUACUACAUGGCACUAGUGGUGGCGAAAUUGCCUAUUCAAAUUACCCUAGCCAUUGUAUAUAUAACGAUGGUGUACCUCUUCACGGACCAACCCAUCUCAGCCUACAGGAUGCUCAUGUUCUACACUAUCAGCAUCCUGGUGUCUCUCACGUCUGAGAGUUGGGGACUAUUGGUGGCAUCCCGUCUUCGAGUUGUGAACGCCAUGUUCGUAGGGCCAGUUAUUACAGUACCAACAAUGCUUCUUGCUGUCUAUGGGAUUGGUUUUGGGAAAGGAGUUGUCAUUCCAAGCUAUAUAAAAGCUCUAAUGUCCAUUAGUUACCUUCGAUAUGGCCUUGAAGGAAUUGUAGCAGCAAUCUAUGGCUACAGUCGAGAUGACAUGAUUUGCCCGGAUGAAGAAGUUUUCUGUGCAUACCGCAAAGCGAAAUUUCUCCUCGUUACAAUGGGCUUUGAGGAAAUCAGCUACCCCAUUUCAGCGGGGGCUCUCUGUGUUUUCUAUCUCGUCUUCAAUAUUUUGGCAUUUUUGCUCAUUCGCCAACGAUUAUCACUGAGACGGACGAAUUUCCCAGCAGUUCAGUACAUUGGGCAAUUUGUGAAGCAGCAUUUGAAUCUUUCUAGCAAUUAAGUUGAGGAAUGCAAUGUGAUAGAGAUAAGUGAAUCAAAGAAUCUCGGCAUAAUACUGACCGAUUUAUCGAAUAAACUCGUACAAUGUACCUCAUAAAAAACGGUUGAAUAUGUAAAAGAGGUGUUUUUUUACUUUAGAAUUUUUGACGAGGAAUUUUUCUAAUAAAUUAUUUUAAAAUAA